AUGGCGGGGCUGCUGAAGAAGACCACUGGCCUGGUGGCGUUGGCUGUAUGUGACAGUCCGCACGAGGAGCCAGAUGUUAAAAAAUUAGAAGAUCAACUUCAGGGUGGACAAAUUGAGGAAGUUAUUUUUCAGGCUGAAAAUCAACUGCGUCUGGCAAGAAAAAUGAUGCUUUGGAAACCAUGGGAGCCUUUAGUGGAAGAGCCUCCUGCCAAUCAGUGGAAGUGGCCAAUAUAA